GGGUGUGCUUCCCGGUGCUAGGGGGGGCGCACGGGCCAAAGGAAUCUGGGGUAGUGGAGCCGGACCAACGGGAGCUAGGAAGCUCAGCACUAGUGUAAGGGCCCUGGACGGUUGGAGAGGAGCUGAGGGGUGAAGCUGAGGACGCCUCUGUCGGUAACCAAUAGGCGCCCCGUCCGACAAUCCCCCUGCAGCAGAGUGCGCGGAACGCUGGCGGUCCUGGCGGUGAUGUCGGGGCAAGGGAGGAGAGGGCUUCAACUUGAGGCUUCGAGCCAAGAGUCGUGGCGAGGCCCCAAAAGGCCGGGGGGGCAGCACUACUGUACGUCCUGCGUAUUGGCGACGGGGGAGGGGGCGGCGGGGGCGGUAUGGGCUGGUGACCAGCCGCAGGACGGAUCCGGGAUGGGUUCUGGGAAUGGACCAAAGGAAGAAGUUCGAAGGAUCUCUUGGGCAGCAGCGGUCUGGCCGCUCUGGCGCUCCCUCGCGCGUCACCCCGGAUGCUCCGUGGCCCUAUAUGUAGGCGGGAGGGACCUCCCCAGCACACGACAGACGGCCAGACACAGCCCCAGCCUCCCCCAACGCACGCCGCCACCAUGUCGAUUCGUUCCCAUUCCAACGGCCACGAAGAGGUCGCGACCAAGGUCCACCGCGAGCACCACGAGCACUCCGACGGGUUCGCCGAGCUGGACGUCGCCGAGGUCGAGGCACAGGCGCGGCCGGUGCAGAACCCCUAUGCGGUCGUGGCGGCGCAGACGGCGCCACGGAGCCUCGGGGCCGGCUCGGCCCUCGCCAUCAGCAUGUUCGCCGUGACGCUGACGGGGCUGGCCAUGAGCCUGAUGGGCUGGCGCGGCGCGUCAGUGACCAACGCCUUCGUCGGCAACCUCUUCUUCGCCGCCGGCCUCGGCAUGUUCGUCACGGCCCAGUGGGAGAUGGCCAUCGGCAACGGCUUCUCCUACACCGUCUUCGCCGGCUUCGGCGCCUUCUAUGCCGGCUACGGUGCCAUUCUAACGCCGGCCUUUGGCGUCCGCGAAGCCUACGGCGACGACGUGACAAUGUACUACAACGCCCUGGCCUUCUACUUCAUCAUGUGGAUGGUCUUUACCCUUGCGCUGCUUGUCGCCUCCCUCCCGACGAAUCUGGUCUUCAUCCUCAUCUUCACCUUCGUGAAGCUUGCCUUCCUCUUUCUCUCGGCCAGCUACAUGGCGCUCGCCGACGGCAAGAGCUCGGCGACGGGGCUGCUGAAGACGGGCGGCGUGUUUUGCUUUCUUGCUGGUCUACUUGGCUGGUACCUCACGUUCGCCAUGCUGCUGCAGGACGCCAUUAUCGAGCUGCCUCUUGGUGACACAUCGCGCUACUUUGGCGGGAAGCGGAAGCGGGCUUGAGGGGAUGGCACUUUCUCCGGACCUUGACAUGUCAUGUUUCCCAAGACAUCAUAUAUCCCAGUGGUACUGUGCUGCAAUAUACUGCAAUACAGCAUCCGCAUUGCCUGUUGGCGGUUGCAUAGGCUGUCUCCGACGCGCUCCUGAUGCCAGAAACCGGCCUCCAAUCAAGCUGGCAAUAGGGGCUGGUCUCUGUGCCUACCUGUCAACCGAUAUUACUGCCUGUCGCUUGUCCGUGGUUGAGAUGACUCGCAAAGGCUGUGCGAUGUUCGAUAAGUUAG